AGAGACACAGAGACGAAAUUAGGUUUUGGGAAUCUGGUUAGUGCGGAUUAUGAACGCUUUUGGACAUCAACCAUCUAACCAGCAGACCAGCCCUAUUCAGCACCACAGCGCUCAGGAGCUCCUAGACAUGGCCGUGUACUGCGACAACUACGGUGUGUACCAACAGAACCUCCACCACCAUCACCCUCAGAGGCCGCCGACGCACCCCUCCAGCUAUGGCCUUGGAGAGUACACGUCCCCGUCCACGAACCCGUACCUGUGGCUGAACGGACCCAGCAUCAACUCCUCUCCCUAUCUUCCCGGGAACAAUGGCACGUCCUAUAUUCAGUCUGGAUACGGGUCGAACCAGAGGCAGUUCUUACCACCUCCCACCGGGUUUGGUGGAGCAGACUUGGGGUGGUUAUCCAUAUCCAGCCAGCAGGAACUCUUCAAGAUGGUCAGACCACCUUACUCCUACUCAGCACUGAUCGCGAUGGCCAUCCAGAACGCCCAGGACAAAAAGUUGACACUGAGUCAGAUCUAUCAGUAUGUAGCCGACAACUUUCCUUUCUACAAGAAGAGCAAAGCGGGAUGGCAGAAUUCAAUCCGCCACAACUUGUCACUGAACGACUGUUUCAAAAAAGUGGCACGGGACGAGGACGACCCCGGUAAAGGAAACUACUGGACGCUGGAUCCCAACUGUGAGAAGAUGUUCGACAACGGGAACUUCAGGCGGAAGAGAAAAAGGAGAGCUGACAUAAACGGAGCUGACAGCGCCUCUCUCCCCGUCAAGUCUGAAGACGGCCCACACAAGCUCUCAGAUACCGCCAGCCUCUUGAGCUCCUCACCGCCCAGCCUCCACGGAUCCCCGGCCUCCACGGAGCCCAAGUCGUCCCCGUCUCCCUCCGCGGAGCACAGCCCGUGUUUCAGCAGCUUCGUGUCCAGCGUGAACUCGCUCCUGGCGGGCAGCGGCACCACCGAAGGCUCCCGGAGCGUGGAGCGAGACUACGGCUCCGGGCACCUCGGGGGAUUGUCUCAGACCAGGGAGGGCAUGUCUGGACUGGGCUCCUACUCGCCCACUUUAAUCGCUCCUCUGAACUCUGACAACAACAGAAUUAACUAUUACACAUCAGUACAGAGCCUCUCCAACCAUUUUAGUGUUAAUAACCUUAUAUACAGCCGAGAAGGAACAGAGGUGUAGAUGGUCUGUCUUCGUCAGUGCUGGGUUGUUUACCUAGAGAAGUAAUUUAUCACUCAUUGUUAGCCUUCACAUUUCUUAUGUAGCCUACUGUUAUUACUUAUUACUCAUUUACUGGUUUGGUAGGCCACAUAGAACCACUGGGAGUAAACUGGUGUAUUUCACAAUAUUCCUUCCAAACUGGUAAAAAAUAAAUAUAUUUCAGUGUAUUAGAAAAGGAAUAUAAACAACCACUGCUUCAUUAUGGUUUGUUCAUACAAGUGGAACAAACAAUGUUUAUUUGUAGAAAAUAAUUAAUUUCACACAUCUUCCCAUGAAGGUGUAUCCUCGAACAAAUGGAUGCGAAUACUUUACUUAUUUUUAAAUACCUGUUGUUGCUGCUCGGUUGGGCCGACUCCCUGUCUUAAAGAAGAAGAAGACACAUAUGUACAGAAAUUAUUUUCAUAAGAAGAAAUGUGACAUGUAUUUUAGACUGAACUGUGUUUUGUGUUUUAUUUAAACUCAUGUUGAUGUUUGAAUAAAAGUCAUUUAUUUUAACUCCA